GAGAGGAAGAGGGACGGGGGCAGAUGAAGGAAAGAAGGAUUAUCCCCUUUCCGUAUGACUGAUUCGCCGACCGGAACCUCUCGGCCAAGAAUGUUGAUACAGGGUUCUCUGGAGCGGAUGGGCAUCAUAAUGAAGUGUAUAAUUUUCAAGGCAGAACACAAGACUGUGCUUGCCACUACCACCACAAGAAAAUUUCCUGCCACCUCUGCUCUCAUGGUCUUGUUUCAGACCAAGAAUGUUGAUACGGGUCCUUUAGAGCAGAUGGGCAUCGUAAUGAAGAGCGUAAUUUUCAAGGCAGAGCACAAGACUGUGUUUGCCACUACCCCCGCAAGGAAAUUUUCUGCCACCUUUUUGCUCUCAUGGUCCUGCAGGGCAUGCAAGUGUGGAUAGCAGAUCUAAGCGCCUAAGGGUUCCCUCCUGUCAAAGAAUCCUGAUCAUCUCCUUAAACAGAUGUCUGUAGAAAGGUAGGUGCAUGUGUUUUGUUGUGAAAAUAUGGUCAACAGAUUUGAGGGGUGGUUAAGUUGUAGAGAAGGGUGUGAGCAAGGGUUCAUGAAGAAAGCAUGGGAAAGAAUCCUGGAGCAUUACGUGUCAGUUUUUCUGUUUUCUUUUUUUUUGUGUGUAAAAGCAUCUAUUUCUCUCUCUUCUUAGAAAUGUAUUGAUUUUCUUAGUGACAUAUAUUAGUUUGUGAUUUAAAUAUUCUAUUUUUUUA